AUGGCGGAAAACAAAGGAGGCGGCGGCGGCGGGGAGGGGGCUGCUGAGACCGGGCCGGGUGCCGGCAGUAGUCUAGAGCCUACGGUGGCAUCCCCCAUCGCCGCCGCGCCGCCCGAGGAGAGGGAGAGCCCGGGCGCGGCGGCGGCAGCAGUGGUGGAGCGUAGUCUCGGGGAGGCCGAGGCCGAGGCGGCGGCGGGGCCCGGUGUCGUUCCAGGGCCGGGCCCCAGCCCGGUGCCCCCGCUGACUCCGGCGGCUCCGGGGCCUUUCUCGCUGCUGGACACCUGCGCCGUUUGCGCGCAGAGCCUGCAGAGCCGGCGCGAAGCCGAACCCAAGCUGCUCCCCUGCCUGCACUCCUUCUGCCGGCGCUGCCUGCCUGAGCCCGAGCGGCAGCUCAGCGUGCCUGUGCCCGGCGGCGCCAACGGCGACGUCCAGCAAGUUGGUGUAAUCAGAUGUCCAAUCUGCCGCCAGGAAUGCAGACAGAUCGAUCUGGUGGAUAACUACUUUGUGAAAGACACAUCCGAGACGCCGAGCAGCUCCGAUGAGAAGUCAGAACAGGUGUGUACAAGCUGUGAAGAUAAUGCUAGUGCUGUUGGAUUUUGUGUGGAGUGUGGGGAAUGGUUGUGCAAGACUUGUAUAGAAGCUCAUCAGCGAGUCAAAUUCACUAAAGAUCAUAUGAUCAGAAAAAAAGAGGAUGUAUCUUCAGAGGCCGUGGGAGCAUCUGGUCAACGUCCUGUUUUCUGUCCUGUCCACAAACAAGAGCAGUUAAAACUUUUCUGUGAAACAUGUGACAGGCUGACAUGCAGAGACUGUCAGUUACUGGAACACAAAGAACACAGGUAUCAGUUUCUGGAAGAAGCUUUUCAGAACCAGAAGGGUGCCAUUGAGAACCUAUUGGCCAAACUCCUCGAGAAGAAGAAUUAUGUAAAUUUUGCAGCUACUCAAGUUCAGAAUAGGAUAAAAGAAGUAAAUGAAACCAACAAACGAGUGGAACAGGAAAUCAAAGUGGCUAUAUUCACCCUCAUCAAUGAAAUCAAUAAAAAAGGAAAAUCUCUCUUACAGCACCUUGAGAAUGUAACAAAGGAGAGACAGAUGAAGUUAAUACAACAACAAAAUGACAUCACUGGUCUUUCACGCCAAGUGAAGCAUGUAAUGAACUUUACUAAUUGGGCUAUUGCAAGUGGCAGCAGUACUGCUUUGCUCUACAGUAAACGGCUGAUAACAUUCCAGUUACGUCACAUUUUAAAGGCACGUUGUGAUCCUGUCCCUGCUGCCAACGGAGCCAUCCGCUUCCACUGUGACCCUACCUUCUGGGCAAAGAAUGUCGUCAAUUUAGGUAACCUUGUCAUUGAAAAUAAACCAACUCCUAGUUACACUCCUAACGUAGUGGUUGGACAGGCUCCUCCAGGAACAAACCACAUCAACAAAACUCCAGGACAAAUCAACCUGGCACAGCUUCGACUUCAGCAUAUGCAGCAGCAAGUGUAUGCACAAAAGCAUCAGCAACUGCAGCAGAUGAGGAUGGCACAGCCAACUGGGUCAGUUCCCAGGCAGACAAGCCCACAAAUCAUACAGCAGCAGCCUCCCAGGUUGAUCAGCAUGCAGACCAUGCAGAGGGGUAACAUGAACUGUGGGGCUUUCCAAGCACAUCAGAUGAGAAUGGCUCAGAAUGCUGCUCGUAUACCAGGAAUACCACGCCACAAUGGACCACAGUACUCCAUGAUGCAGCCUCACCUUCAAAGACAACAUUCUAACCCUGGGCAUGCAGGGCCUUUCCCGGUUGUUUCUGUGCACAACACCACUAUUAAUCCAACUAGUCCUACUACAGCAACAAUGGCAAGUGCAAACCGUGGUCCCACCAGCCCAUCCAUUACUGCAAUUGAGCUCAUCCCCUCUGUCACAAACCCAGAGAAUUUACCUUCCCUGCCGGACAUCCCACCCAUCCAGCUUGAAGAUGCUGGCUCAAGUAGUCUAGAUAACCUUCUAAGCAGAUACAUUACAAGCAGCCACCUACCCCCUCAACCUACAAGUACCAUGAAUCCCUCCCCAGGACCUUCAGCUCUCUCUCCAGGGUCAUCAGGUUUAUCCAACUCCCACACUCCUGUGAGGCCACCUAGUACCUCCAGCACAGGCAGCAGAGGAAGUUGUGGCUCCUCAGGCAGAACUGCUGAGAAAACUAGUGUUAACUUCAAAUCUGACCAAGUGAGAGUCAAGCAAGAACCAGGGACAGAGGAAGAGAUAUGCAGCUUCUCAGGAACAGUGAAACAGGAGAAAACAGAGGACGGCAGAAGGAGUGCUUGCAUGCUUAGCAGUCCUGAGAGCAGCUUGACACCACCACUGUCCACUAACUUGCAUCUGGAAAGUGAAUUAGAAGCAUUAGGAAGCCUUGAAAACCAUGUGAAAACUGAACCAGCAGAUUUAAGUGAAAGUUGCAAACAGUCUGGACACAGCCUUGUAAAUGGAAAAUCCCCAGUGAGGAGCCUCAUGCACCGAUCAGCUCGGAUUGGAGGAGAAGGCAGUAACAAAGAUGAUGACCCCAACGAAGACUGGUGUGCUGUAUGCCAAAAUGGAGGGGAUCUCUUAUGCUGUGAAAAGUGCCCAAAGGUGUUUCACCUCACUUGUCAUGUACCAACACUCCUCAGCUUCCCAAGUGGGGAGUGGAUAUGUACAUUCUGCAGAGACCUGAGCAAACCUGAAGUAGAAUAUGAUUGUGACAAUUCACAGCACAGCAAGAAGGGGAAAACAGCACAAGGCCUGAGUCCCGUGGACCAAAGGAAAUGUGAACGUCUCCUGCUUUACCUGUAUUGCCAUGAGCUGAGCAUUGAAUUUCAAGAGCCAGUCCCAGCCUCGAUACCAAACUACUAUAAAAUUAUAAAGAAACCAAUGGAUUUAUCUACAGUGAAAAAGAAACUGCAGAAGAAGCAUUCCCAACACUACCAAACUCCAGAGGAUUUUGUGGCAGAUGUCCGGUUGAUCUUCAAGAACUGUGAAAGGUUUAAUGAAAUGAUGAAAGUUGUUCAAGUUUAUGCAGAAACACAAGAGAUUAAUUUGAAGGCUGAUUCAGAAGUAGCACAGGCAGGGAAGGCAGUUGCAUUAUACUUUGAAGAUAAACUUACAGAGAUCUACCCAGACAGGACCUUCCAGCCUUUGCCUGAAUUUGAGCAGGAAGAGGAUGAUGGUGAAAUAACUGAGGACUCCGAUGAAGAUUUUAUACAACCACGUAGAAAACGCCUAAAAUCAGAUGAGAGACCAGUGCAUAUAAAGUAACCUAAUAAUAUGGACCUAAAAUUUAUUGUAAAAACUGUUAUUUAAGUGUUCUGGAAUAUUAUCAUGCCUACAGUGGCCAACCUGAAGAAGCUGAUAGCUUUUUAACAGUAUUAGAUUACAAAAAAAAAGCCCCACUUGUACAGAAAAGCAUUCUCAUCAAAAGGGGAAUAAUGUAUUGUAAUAUUUUCGUGGUUUGUUUGGGUUUUGUUUUUUUUCCCCCUUUAUUAUUUACUAUAUUCUUUCUUUUCCUGAUGGAGGGGACAGACUCAUCCUGGUCUCGCAGAUAGAGGAUGAAUACU